GCAACAGUAACACCGUGGAAAGGAAUGUAACACAAGGCUUUCGGGGUUUUCCAACCACCAUCUAGCAUACAGACUAUAUCCCUGUCCACCCGAGAUUAGGGCUAACACAAAAAAGGUAAAACUGAGGGGAACCCUGUGAACGCAGCAAACACUCUCAUGGCGGUGCAAUUGUGGCUGGAAAAGAAAAGAAGUUUAACUCGCCUAUCUCUGUGGCCUUGUCGGGCGAACAGACCCCGUAGAGCCGCCUGGCCUCCACCGAAGAGCCCAUCCCAGGAAGUCGUACUACGCAGUAUAGUUCAUUGCGCCAUCUGACUAGCUGCCCUAGCCGCCAGACAUCCAAACGCUUCUUCCAUCAUCCCCACGCAUAACAGAUCCAACAAGCGAUGGCCUCGAAAAGACCCAGCCGUUUCUUCUUUCCACAGAGCUCAAACCAAAGCCAAUCCUCACUGGAGGCUCAACCGGCACCAUCAAUAACCUUGACCUCUACAUCCACCCUCCCACAAACACAAACACAAGCAUCCAAACCAUCCUCCGCAACCGAACAAGCCUCCGAAUUCCUCAAAACAACCUCCCACGUCCGCACGCAACUCGACGAAGUCCAGCGCCUCCGAGACCUCAAGGCCCACCGCCUCGGCGCCGCUGAAUUAAAAUGGAUAGACUCCACGAUUGCCGAUAUCGCGGACGCAGCGCACGACCUAGCCCUCCUCUUAGAACCGACCCGCCUCGAGCAGACGAUUCACAGGGGCAAGCUCUCGCUAGCCACUCAGCUCCGCUGGAAAUAUAGAGACGGGCAGCGCGCGGUGCAGAAGUCUCAACGGCUCCUGGCGUAUCAUGGGAGUUUGAUUGGCGUGUUGGGACAUCUUCAGCGGGUGGAUGAUGCUCCGCGGGAGGAAGAGACGGAGACAGAUACAGAGACGAUCAGCUCGCCGGCGAGCCUACCAACGAGGCAGCAGACGAUCCGAUUUGAGCUAGAUGCUGAGGUGACGGCGCGCGUAGCGUCUGCUGGGGCCAGGGAGUUUGAGAUCUUCCCGGCGGAUUAUGCUCAGGGGAAGGGUGCGUGGGCUGGUGGGGAGGGGUUGAAGGGCGCUCGGGAGAAGCCGGGUGAAGAGAAGAUUGUGGCUUAUAAAGAUGAGAACGUGGAUUCCGGCGUGGCUAAACAGGCCGAGGAAAACGCUGUGGAAUGUGAGAUGGACGAUUUGCUGGCUUGGCGGCGGUCGAGAAGGCCGACUUCUGAAGUCAACCCGUCCGUCGUUUGCAUAUCGCCUGAUGGUAAUGUUGGUGUUUAG